AUGGCCACCAUCACUUCCGGCAAAGACGCUUUUGAUUCGAUAUCCGAGGGCUGUUUCCUUGUCCUGCCUCAAUCACGACGUUCCAAUGCUUCCUCCUCUUUGAAUGCUGGUCAAAAGCGCAAACGCAGUACUCGAAAAGCUACAGCGACGAGUGCCAGUCAACGUGCAAAUACCAGCGUCCUUGAAAAUGAUGGUUUUCAACCGUUGUUCAGUGGUGAUGAGCCUUCAGCAUGCGUAUCGAUGCGACACAAGUUUUUCCAAGCCGAGUGGAAAAGGAUGAAUGAUCUUAUCAAUGACAUCUUGCUGGAUACGAAUAGCGCUGUCAUCAAUUCGAUUGCUGAUUUUGUCAACCACUCUGCUCAGGAACAAGGUCUUAUUGCAUUACCUUUUCAUGAAAUUCCAACGGCUUUGGUGUUUGCUGGUAUCAACACACCGGAUCAUGAAACCCAAUUUGAGCAAAUUGUGAGCCAUUUACGACGAGACAAUCAUUACGUGGCCUUGCUUCAGUCAAAGGAUUGUGGAAACAUCAGGAACAUGACCAAGACGAUGAUCGAGCAGUUCCUUUCAGAGACGAUGGUGAAUGAUGAUCAACAAGAAUUGACGGAUGAGCCUAUGUUUCAAUUUGGCGGUAGUGGUCAUAGUGGCGCAAAAUCGGCCAAGAGAUCCAAGCUUCCACCUUACGAUUUCCAAAUCCUUGAAGGAUGGUAUCGCCAUGCAAGCCGCAACAAACAAUCCAACUUGGUGGUGGUGCUACAAGACAUUGAGACAUUCGAAGCACAAGUGCUACAGGAUUUUAUUUCUAUUUGCAGCGAGUAUCGACGACGACUGCCUAUUGUUUUCAUUAUGGGCAUUGCCACCUCAAGUGAGAUUUUGCACCAAUCCUUGACCAAGGCAUCUAUCAGUCUUUUGCGUGUGGAGAAGUUUUGGUUGGAACAAAGUGAAGUUUGGCUCAAUCGUGUGCUUGAAACGCUGUUCAUUGAGCGAUCGGAUACUCUCAAAUUCGGCCCUCGUCCCUUCCGGUUUCUGGUGGAUCAUUUCUAUCUGUAUGAUUUUUCAAUGGGCAAGGUGACCGCUAGUUUAAAGUAUGCCUUGAUGCAUCAUUUUUAUGCAAAUCCAUUGUCGAUCCUGCUGCCACUCCUGGGAUAUGAUGCUCAACGAUUGCAAAGUACGCUUACCGAAUGGCACGAGGAAGGCAUCCUUUGUAUACAUCAUGCUACCUUUUUACGUAUGCUUCCAUCAUUCCGGAUGCAUGUGAAUGCACUCGCCGAUCAAGAUCCACAUGAAGCACUCUGUCUCCUGGAUGAUGAUGCAUAUUUGAUGACCAAAGCAUUGCCGCAAUUCGUUCUAGGCCUUCAGCGAUAUCAACAUCAUUUUCGAUAUGGCAUUGAAUUGAUCCGUAUACUUCAUCAACAAUUUCCCGACAUUACGGGUCUCAGGAAACCGAAGAGGGAGUUAUUACGUAUGGCCCUUGAAUCCGAUACAGCAGCAUUGGGUGAAGCUAUCCGAUUGCCGGCUGAUCUUUUGAGAAAAUGUGAAGGGGACAAGUUGAGGCGUUUCUUGCAGCAGCUGCAUGCGGUAACAAUGCAAUUCAGCCACGAGGAAGAAGAACAACAAGAAGAAGAACAAGGAGGGCAAGGAGAAGAUAACAACAACAACAACAUGACACUCUUGGAAGAUUGGAUGGAACGUUUGCAACAAACUUUGGAUGCUGAAACCACCAAAGCUCAGGAGGCGAAGAUGAAGAAGCGGGAGAAAAAGUUGGAUGCCAUGGUGACGGAUACAACACGGCACACUGUGACAGCCAAAAAGGUGCAAGAUGAAUCAGUAAAGUACCUCAAGAAAACGGGUACUGACAAGACAAAGAUUGCAAUGGAAGUGGCAGACUGGAUCAGCCGAACCUUAAACAAGUGCCUUAUGCAAUCGAUUACCACUGUGCCAAUGUACGAGUUGGCUUAUUACACCAAUGUCAGGCUGCACGAAAAGUCAUUUUCAGCACAACCACGAGCAUCCGUUCAAACCGGUCUUGGACAAGCACAUCACUACCUGAAUUGCAGCUGCUGUACACGCCCAGAGCACAUCAUGCCUUCCGAACACGACACCUGCAUCUUGUACAAGUUAUAUCUCGAGUGUGGUCGAAUGAUCAAUCUUUACGAUUGGUUUGUUGCUUUCGGAUGCAUUCUAGAACGAGAAAAACGAUCCGAACGAUUGGAUGAAAAAGAAGUCCAAGCACGCUUUGUACGAUCCGUUGCAGAACUUCAGUUUCUAGGAUUUAUCAAAUCGACUCAACGAAAGACGGAUCAUGUUCAACGUCUCACGUGGUCCAAUAUCUAA